AUGGAGAAGCUCGGACUACGCAAUAACCGAGACUUGCUUCCAGGUAUGGAGGUGCGCUUGCUCCCGCACCAGAUCUUGGGAGUAGCUUGGAUGGUGCAUCAAGAACGUGUAGGCCCGCAUAAGGGGGGUAUCUUGGCCGACGAGAUGGGUCUCGGCAAGACUGUGCAGAUGAUCGCGACCAUGGCCAUCAACCUUCCGGAACCCGAGGAGAGCCACCGCACAACACUGAUUGUUGUACCCGCAGCACUACUACUGCAGUGGAAAGACGAACUCCAGACGAAGACGAACGGCAUGUUCUCGGUGCACAUACACCACGGCAGGGACAAGCUGAAGAGCACCUCCGCGCUCUCGAAGAAAGACGUCAUAAUCACCACGUACCAAACCCUCUGCCAAGACUUCGCGAUCCCAUCCGACAUUGAGAGUGAAGACGAGAUGGAUUAUCUGCUGGACAACGGAGGCUUGAUGUCGCGAAUGAAGUGGUAUCGGGUAAUCCUUGACGAGUCGCAGUUCGUCCGCAAUAGACGAACAAGGUCGAGCAAGGCCGUGGCCAUGCUCCGCGCCAAAUACAGGUGGUGUCUCACCGGCACACCGGUCACAAACUCAUUGGCCGAUCUAUACGGUUUCCUUCGCUUCGGACGAUUUCGCCCUUGGAACGAUUGGCAAGAUUUUGAUGCGUACGUUGCCAAGGUGCAGCUCGAAGACGCGCCGCUUGCUGGUCUGCGCGCACAGGAAAUUCUUAAGCCUCUCCUUCUUCGACGCACCAAAGAUGCUGAAAUCGAAGGAGAGCCGUUGUUGCAGCUCCCUGAGAAACAUGUCGAUCUCGAGUUCCUGGAGUUUUCUGAUGAAGAGAGACAGAUAUAUGACUCCUUCGAGAAGCGUGCGCAGAUGCAAAUCAACCGGUAUAUCAGAGACAACACACUUGUUAAGAAGCAGCUAUCUUGUCAUCCUCAUCUCAUCCUCGAUCAAGCGCGAGGGUUCGAAGAUCCGACUAUGCUUGUUGCCGGCGAAGCUGAGAAAGAGGUCGGGCGGGCCCACAAGCUCAUGGGCGCCGAAUUCAUGGCUCGUGCACAAAUGGCUCAGCUAGACUUCUCAGACGAUAUGGAGCAAGAUGAGGAAGCGACUUGCCCCAAGUGCGGAGACCGUAGCGGCAGAUUGCUUGCUUGCAGCCAUGAAAUCUGCAACGACUGUCUCUUGGUCCUACGCACCGAGCCCAUAGAAGUGAAUGGGGAAUUUGGCAACGGCGACGAAAAAGAGAACCUACGUAUAGAGAAGGACUUCGAAGCGGCCGCUGACAAGGGCUUGCGUCCUUAUGCAGAACCUCACUCCCGCGCACGUGUUCUGUCGCAGGCCUUCGAGCCUUCUCGCGACGAUGCCGCGCGCAAACCUGCGAAACCGAGCGUCGCAAAGAUGGAACCUAUCAGCGUUGACAGUGACAUAGAGAUGAGUUCCAGCUCGGACGAAGAUAUGCCGGACCUCUCGGAGUUGCUCGCCGGCGUUGCAUCUUCAUCGCAGUCUGGCUCAGAGAAGAAGCCGAAGGAGAGCAAGACCAAGGUCAAGGUCAAGGGCAGGACGGUUGUGUCAGACGAAGAGGACUCGUCCGUGGACGAGGAUAACGACCUCCAUCGUGCCAUGAACGACAUCCGGGGCAAGCGACAGACACAGGCCAAGAAGGCCAAGGCUUCCUCUGAUGACAGCGACAAUGCCGGCCCGCGCGCGGUGCCGGAGUACAUGGUGAAAACGUGGAGGCGGGGCGGCGACAACAUGGAGCCCAGCACGAAGAUGAUGGCCUUGAUUGGCUACCUGCACGAGUGGGAGGUGACCGGCGACAAGACGAUCGUCUUCUCCCAAUGGACGUCGAUGCUCGACCUGAUCGAGACACUGUUCAGCCGAUAUGGCAUACGCAGCCUGCGCUAUGAUGGACGGAUGUCGCGCGAGGCGCGAGAGAUGGUCCUGGCUGAGUUUAGGCAGCAGGGUGGCCCGAAAGUCAUACUCAUCAGCACGAAGUGCGGUGGCGUGGGCCUCAAUCUAGUGUCUGCGAAUCGCAUCAUCAACAUGGACCUUUCGUGGAACUACGCGUCGGAGUCUCAGGCGUACGACCGUGUGCACCGUCUUGGCCAGGAGAAGGAGGUGUUCGUCAAGCGACUUGUCGUCAAGAAUACCAUUGAGGAGCGGAUGCUGAAAUUGCAGGAUACCAAGACUGGUCUCGCGGAAGCUGCAUUGGGUGAAGGAAGCGGAGUCAAACUGCACAAGCUCAGUGUGAAGGAGCUUAGAGACGUACGUUCAUCCACCCCAGUCGUUGAUCCGCGAUCAUGCACUUACCUACUUGUCCCCAGCUGUUCGGCAUGA